AAAAAAAGGUCUUAUGAUUGGGAGGAUUUUUAAAUAAGCUGUGUAAUAACAGCAGGUGUUUGAUUUUUGGUCAAUGACAUCUCCAUUCCUCGCUCGCUACUUACGAAAGUUGAGAGGCAAGUUGACAGCCAAACAACUUGUAAUCACAACUCGUAAACACGUGUUUUAUAGUAAAAUAAUGUAGUGUAGAAAUAUAAAUUGUUAAAAUAUUUAAAAAAGAGUAAAAGACUGCAAGCUCUUACAACAAACAGUUAUAAUUGUGUAGUGUUUUUAAUAAGUGCAGUGAAAUUGAGCACCUGUUGUUUAAAAUGUCGGGUGCCAGUACUUCCCAAAGCCCACCGCCAAUGGCUUCGAUAAGUGAUGUUAGUGCUUUAUUUCAAAACGCAAAAAAGUACGAGGAACUAAAUGUAAUUGGCACAGGAGCCUACGGUACUGUAUACAAAGCCAGAGACCUCCACAACGGCGGCCAGAUUGUGGCCAUGAAGAAAGUGAAGGUAGCUUUGACGGAGGAUGGAAUACCACUGUCUACAUUAAGAGAAAUAGCUCUGUUGAGGCAGCUAGAGGCUUACAGACACCCUAAUAUUGUUAGACUUCUGGACGUGUGUCAUGGUGGUCAGUCUCUAGAGCGCGACCAGCAGCUGGUGCUGUUCCUGGUCUUUGAGCAUGUAGACCAGGAUCUGGAGUCAUUCCUCAAGAGAGCACCGGGGCCAUUGUCACAGAAUAUCAUCAGGAGCAUGUCAUUCGACAUACUAUCCGGGAUCGACUUCCUCCACUCCCACAGGAUAGUCCACCGGGAUUUGAAGCCACACAACCUCCUGGUCACAUCGACUGGACGCGUCAAACUCGCAGACUUCGGACUUGCGAAAACUUACGACACGGAUAUGAAACUAACUAGCGUGGUGGUGACGCUGUGGUACCGUCCGCCGGAGGUGCUGCUGGGCGCGGCCUACAACACGGCGGUGGACGUGUGGUCGGCGGGCUGCGUGCUGGCGCAGCUGCAGGCGCGCGCGCCGCUGCUGCCCGGCGCCUCCGACUCCGACCAGCUGCACUGCAUCUUCAGGUUAAUAGGCCGCCCACCGAGACAAGAGUGGCCUGAAAACGUGUCUAUAAUGCUAGACAGUUUCCCUGACUAUCAGGCCCAAGACCUAGGCAAGAUCAUACCUAGGACACACCCACAUGCCCUAGAUCUUAUCAAAGGUAUGCUAGUCUUUGACCCGGCGAAGCGGUUAACAGCACUAGACUGUCUCCAACACCCGUACUUCACAGAGGAACCACUUACAUAAGCCCAGCGCUGGACAAAAACUAUUAGCCCACCAAUUCUGAAAAAUCAACUUGUCCUAUACAAAAUUUCAGUCUUUACUGAUAGUGCUAGGAAUUUAUUUGCUAGAAAACGAUUUUGUAAAUCAAAAAUUUGUAUAAAACUUACAAAUAAAACAAAACUCCUUGAAUUAUUUAUAAUUCGUACGUACAAAAAUUUGAAAAGGCAUUGGUGUGUGCCUGGAUUUGAACUUACAUGCUUUUGAUUUGGCAGUCUAAUGUUCAUACCACUAUGCUAUUGGCACGUACCGAUGAUUUUGGUGCCCAAAGCGGUGUUCUAUUAACCAAGGAUUGUUCAAAGUGUCCCUGGAUAUCAACAUGUACGUUUAAUAAUGUAAUUUUAAAUGGUUUACACAAACAUAAUUUUUUGAUGUUCGUCUACUAGUUCUUAAGAUAGAUUUAAGUUAUUUUUGUACAAGUUUUCGUCGAAUAAAAUUGUUGUAAUUCGUAUUUGUUUUUAUCAAUUAAUCGAUGUACAACGAGGGCUUUAAGUUUGUCAGAAAUAAAAGCUCCCGAACGGAUUUACCGAUUUUGAUUCAGUUUGUUUUGUAUCAAAAUUGAAUUAUUUGCGAGACAUGUUGUAUUUGUAUAAUGAGCCAUUUUAAAGUUGUUGCUUUAAGUUUUACUGUCAGGGUUUAAUUUUUUUUAGUUGAUGGUUGAUUUAAUAAGCUGUGUAUUUAUUAUGAAUAAUAUUUACGAUUAUAAUAAAACUGAACGAAACCGCAGCGCGAUCUCUUAGACGCCAACGCCAUCUAUCGAGCUUGAUCAAAAACCUUGAACAAUAUUUUGCUAUUAUUGAUUAAUGUAUAAUGUCUUUUUAAAAUAACAAUGUUUAAGUCUCUGACUGUGCUUCUAUCAUAUUAAAUUUUAUUUUUUGUA